AUGCUUUCAGACUUAGGCGCAGGAAUAAGCAAUGCACUCCAAGGAUUUUUUGGGUCCAAGGAGGGAGAAAAAGAGCUUAACGAUGCCAUAAAGAAAAUAACCACGUCUCUUCUUAGCUCAAACGUAAGCACGCGGAUCGUGCUGAACGUGCGGAAGCGGAUUCUUGAGCGGUUUAAGCCGCAGGAGAUACAAACAAAGUCGCAAAAAGAGAAGGCUCUGCAGAAAAUUGUGUUUGAAGAGCUUUGCGCAAUUAUGGACUCGGGAAAAGAGCCCUUCCGGCCAAAAAAGAAGGAAAUUUCGACUGUGCUGUUUGUGGGGCUGCAGGGAAGUGGAAAAACCACGACCUGCUGUAAGUAUGCAAAGUACUACAAACAGAGGGGGUUCAAGGUCGGCAUUGUGUGUGCGGACACGUUCCGUGCAGGGGCAUACGAGCAGAUUUUGCAGAACGUCUCCGGGAUGAACGUGGAGGUGUUUAUUUCGUCAACGUCCGUGGACCCUGCAGAGGUUGCAAGGACGGGAGCCGAGCAGCUCAAGGGAAAGGGGUGCAAUCUGGUGCUUGUAGACACAAGCGGGCGGCACACGCAAGAGGGCGAGCUUUUUAGAGAAAUGGGCGAGAUUGUGGACGCAAUCAGCCCAACUGCGUCGAUUUUUGUCGUGGACGCGUCGAUCGGGCAGGCAGCGGAAAUACACGCGCGCAGCUUUAUGUCCCGGGUCAGGCUGGGGUCUGUGAUCAUUACAAAAACAGACGGAACAAAAAACAUAGGCGGCGCUCUGUGCAGCGUUGCUGAAACAAAAACGCCUGUUGCCUUCAUAGGAGUCGGGGAGGGAAUGAACCACAUUGAGUCCUUCAACCCCAAGGGGUUUGUUGGGAAGCUUAUGGGCCUGGGGGACAUCAACAGCUUCGUGGAGAAAAUUGAGAACCUAGGCAUUUCUGCGGAGAAGCAGGAGGAGCUGAUUGGAAAAAUCAAGGCAGGGGAGUUUAGCAUGGGCGACCUCUACGAGCAGUACAAGAAGAUACUGGAGCUUGGGCCGAUUGGCCAGCUUCUCUCUCUCAUCCCGGGGAUAAACAGCACUAUGUUCAACGAAAAGGGCUUCAAAACCAUGGGAACCAUCUUCUCAGCAAUGACCCGGAAGGAGCUUAAAACAAACGGAGAAGUUUUUAUUAAGUCUCUGCCCAGGCUGGUCAGAGUCGCGAAGGGGAGCGGUGUCACGCCCCUGCAGGUGAGAGAGACCGUUGAGUCGUACAGGAUGAUGGCCAGAACCUUCCAGCAGCUCUCCUCCAACCCCAUGUUUGCUGGGCUCUUUGGGGGCGGCCCUGGCAAAGGGCAGGACCAAGCGAUAACCCCAGACGCAGCCAAGGCGCAGAUAAAGCAGCUUAAGAAGAUGAUGCCUCCCGGGUUUUCUUCCAUGUUUGACCAGUUUGACAAGUUUUUCUAG